CUCUCUUUAUCUCCUGUGUGGAAAAAACCUUCUAGAGAGCAUUUAAGAACCAUUCCAGUCCUUAGUCUGCUUGUUUAGGACACAGAGAAGAGACACGCAUACAGAGUAAAAGAUGGGGACAGUUCUGUUUGGCAUUUGGGUUUGCGUUGUCAUGUUUCUUGACAAGAGCUGGGCUGAGGGAAAACAGCAGGCCCAGAACUCACAAAGGAUCUCGGGCAAUCCAGCAAGGGUUGCCAUGGCUACAGCACCAUCAACCAUCAUGCCUGGGCAACACCUGAAGAUCUUUUCUGGCACCAGCCACUGCCUGGUCAAUGGAAUGGCCAUGUUUGAGGGGGCAGUGUGGAGUCCCGUCCCCUGCUCCAUCUGCUUCUGUGAAAGAGGGAGAGUCACCUGUAACAGCAUCCCCUGCAGAACUACAGACCCUCAGGAUCCUCUGGUUCCUGCACAGAAAGUAAAAAUCCCCGGAGAAGUAGCAAAGCAAACAUCCAAGCCGGAGGAGGCCAAGGCGAAGACCAGGAGAAAAAUGUACAAGAAUGGCAAACUGCUGCAAGUCAUCAGUUCACCCAAACCAGACACCACCAAGAAAAGCCAAGAUGCCAAGACAAAGAGGCAAGAAGCCACUUCCACUCAAGGGAAAGAGGUGGGGAAACAGGAGAUGGGAAAGAAACCGGAAACAGGGAAGAUUCAAGAGGGGAAGGGGGUGAGACCCGCCCCAGAGAAGAGAAAAGGAAGUAGCAGGGGGAUGACAGAUGCCAAAAGGGCUCUUGACAGGUCGACUGUUACCCAGGAGGUCCGUCUCGGAAGCCGGCGCCGGCUAGUUGACUUAGAUGACAUUGAUGAUAACUUCGAUGAGGUCUACGAUAAGCUGGACGACUGGUUCCUUGGGCGCCCACUCCCCGGUGACCCUUGGCACCCCAGUACCAGGACCAGCAUCAUGGAGUCACUGCCCAUAGGCUGCCUGCUGUCAGAUACUACCAUUGCCUGCAGCAACUCAAGGAUGACCCAUGUGCCCAUUCUGAAAGACCCUGGCAUCAAGAUUCUCUACCUGGCAGAGAAUGCAAUAUCCAAGAUUCCGGCGCGGGCGUUUGCAGGACUGCCAAACUUGGAGUGGCUGGAUCUCAGCAAGAACAAGCUGAAUGACUCCUCUCUGCAUCCUGACCUGUUUCGGAAUCUAACUAAGCUGAAGAGGUUGAACCUGGAUGGGAAUCGAAUAACAAAAAUCCCUCAGCUGCCGGCAUCGUUGGAAGAGCUGAAGAUGAAUGACAACAAGAUAAAUGAUUUGACUCCACAGAGCUUCAAAGGUGCCUCAAGGCUGUUGACAUUGGAGCUUGAGGGGAAUGACUUACAUGAUGGUAACGUGUCUCCUCUGGCCUUCCGACCACUGAAGAAGCUCAUCUACCUGAGAUUAGAUGAGAACAGGUUCAGGACUAUCCCUCCUGGUCUUCCUGCCUCCCUACAGGAGCUGCACAUGGAUGAAAACCACAUUGAGGAGAUCCAGGAGGGAGUUCUGAACAAAACUCUCAACCUGAAGGUUCUCGUGCUGAGCAACAAUUACAUCCAAGAGAACCGCAUUGCUCCUAGAGCAUGGAUUCACCUGCCGUUACUGGAAACCAUUGACCUUUCCAGCAACAAACUGGUCCAUGUGCCUUCCUUCCUGCCCAUCGGACUCAGACAACUCAUUCUGCACCACAACCAGAUAGAGAGGAUCCCUGGUUAUGUCUUUGCCCAUAUGCGCCCAGGCCUGGAGUUCCUGCACCUCUCCCACAAUCAUCUGCAGGAUGAUGGGAUCCAUGGAGUUUCCUUCCUGGGGUUGUACCGCUCCCUCACUGAACUGUUGCUGGACAACAACCACCUGAGGGCUAUACCACGUGGGCUGCUCAACCUCAAAUCCCUGCAGGUCCUGCGUCUCAAUGACAACUACAUCAGGUAUGUGCCACUCAACUCCAUCUGUGACACCAGGGUCAGUGAAGACUCUCUUCUCAUCUCUGUGCAUCUGGAAAAUAACCUUAUUGACCGCCGUCUCAUCCCUCCUACCGCCUUCUCCUGUAUCAAGACCUACCACAGCAUCGUCCUGCGCCCCCAGAGCUACGAAGACUAGCCCUCACACCCUUCUCAUCCCCGCCCGCCUCUGCCUCUGGCCUUAAUAGUGCAGCCUCAGUGGUCUCAACAACAAAUUGACGCCGCCAUUAGAUAUAAACAGGCAGUCAGCAAAUGUACAGCUGACUUUGUCCGUCAUGACAACAGUUUCACUUCUCAUUGCCCCUCCUAACCUAAGAUAGUAGUCCAUAACUGACAUAAUGACAAACAAGCCGAGUAAUUUCUUACCAAAGAAAAAUAUUUUCAGUCUAUUGACACAGCUAAUACAGUGCUUUACUGUGCUCCUGGCACAAAAUGGCUGCCAGUCAACAGCAUUGGUUGACCCACAUUGGUGAUGGAUAAAGUGAGUGUGCACCAGCUACAUGGAUAUCAAGUUAUUUUGAUUAUUCUUAUUCAAGACAAGAACACAAUUAGUAUUGUAUCUGUCUGUUAGCAAAAGCUUUUCAGUAUCUCUUAAAUUUACACAGGACCUGUAGCACAAGGAACAGAUAGUUCCCAUGUGCAGUUUUAAAUAUAAACCUCCUAUUUUGUGACAAGGAAAAUCUAGGUAUUUUUUGCCUGCUUUUUCUAUUAUAUUCUCUUUUAUGCGAGUCUAACCUAUGUCCAUUUGUGUGGUUUAUCAUGUGUUUGUCAAUGUGAAUUGAUCUUAUGUUUUUUCUUUCCUAAUGCCCUUGUUGUGUGUCAGGUCUGCUCGGUGAUUGUACUGUACUCAACACACUUGCCUGCUGUGCCUUUUCCAAAUAUUAGCCAUGUGUUUGUCUUGUGUGUUGUUUAGAUGUGUAAUGCAUAGUGCUCUGGGGCCCAUUGGUGAAUCAUUGUGCACAAAAAAGGCUUAUUUCUAUCAUCUGAGGCAGAAGAUGAAAUACACUGUGAUUAGAGCUGUUUUUUGGUGCUAAUUUCCUAAUAGCCCUUCUGCAUAGAGCCACGAUGGACAUAAUUUAGCUUUACAUGUCUAAUGCAGCAUUGUCGUGUGUCAGUGAAAGAAGCUCCAUUAUUUUCUAAGGUGAUAUACAGUAUAAGAACAUAUUUAAGGAUUAUUUAUCCCUUUAAGGAUAUUUUAGGAACAUUUAUUCCUUGUAUAAUGUCUUUCUAAUAAAUGUAAAAAGAACAGGCUCCAUUUUUAAGCAGGCAAAAGUAAAUAAAUAAUAUUAAUGUCUUUUAAAAUUGGUCUAUUGCAAAUAUGUGUAAUUGCCCAAAUGGUUUUGAUUAAGCUUGGCAUAAAAAGUGGGUUCAUGCUUAUCACUAUUAACUCAAGAUUCACGGAAAAAACAAUUAAAUUAAUUAGUCAUUAACAGCUCUCACUUACAUAAUAAUUUGGAAGCUUCACCAGAUAAAUACUUUAAAAAGGACAGAGAACAUAUAUUAUAAACAUGUUCCUUUAAGGCAAGUUUAGGGAUUGUAUUUUGUGCCUUUUGAGUUUGAAUUUCUUUUAAAAUUUAUUUUCACAGAAUUUCAUAUGAAACAAUAGUAUCCAGAAAAGCAAGACACCUUUUAAAAUUGCUUGCAUCCUCAAUUCUCAAUUGCGAAUUAGCAGCUCUAUACAGUAUACAGUAUAUCUAUGCCUUCCUAUUUGUUUUGACUCCAGUUACAUUGUCUUAAUAAAUGUGAAAUAAUCUUUGGUUAAAGUUCUGGGACUACCUGUUGCUGUUCCUUUUUUUUUUCCCUGUGCGUUAACAAUAUUUAGUUUUCUAAAUAUGUGAAGUACUGAAAUUGCUCUUGAAAGAUUUAAUAAUGAUAUAGUGUUGACCUUGGACAGUGGAUCUCAAAUAAUUCUUGAUCUCUUGGAUUUAAUUGUUGAAUUUGGUGAAGGUGAUCAUAUACUGUAAAAUUUCUCAGAAACCAUAUUGAGCUAGUCUGAGUGUUAUUUAUCUCAACAUCCAUUCUGAGUGGGCAUUAAUGGGCUGAGUUGCCAGACUUGAUCUAAGUAUCAUCUUAUAAUCCUUCAGGAGAAUCUUAGGGCUCUGUUCCUGGACUAAGGAUGUUUAACAUUUGCAUGUUAUAGGUAUGGGCUGUGGUGGAGUGCCGUUAUGAUGAUUUUUAACAGAUUGGUCUCAGGGAAAAAUAAACCAAUACAGCCGUAAAAGUAAAAUAAACAGUGCUUAUUAUUGAAAGUGAGAAAAAAAAUAACAACAGAAAUCAAACCUUUAACUCCUGUUUGAGCUCCCACUACGCUUCUUCUUGUGUCCAUCUCUAUAAACAGCUGGACAUCUAAGCUGUUUACCAGUUCCAGAACCCAAAGUGUCUUUUUGCCAAUUAAAAAAUAAUCAUGAGGUUCCUAAAAUUCAUACAACCGCAAGAUUCAUGAGUUCCAAGGGUGGAAGCUGAGGUGUGACAGUGUCUGGACUAAGCUGUUAUUUUUUUGGAGGGGCCACUAGUAUCUUUUGUGACAUUCUGCACUGAUACAGACCUAUUUUGAUGGAAUUAGGAGGGGACUACAGCUUCUCCCUCAGCACUGGAAACUACUGACUGUAUGUUCUAUCUAUUCCAGAAGGAAUAGAUAAGCAACAUAAACUCUAUUAAAUCUAAUGUGAACAACUGACUCGUUACUCUAAUGGUUCUUCGAAAACAAGCUAUUCAGUUUUGCUACAGUAAAUCAGUACAUUAGAGAUCCUUCUCUGAAGGUACAGUAUGCAGGACACUUUGAUCAAUGUAUUAAAUAUGACAAAUAGUAGUACAUUUGAGAACCCGAGUAGACUUAAAUCGCUUGUUCAAAAGAGUAAGGACCUGUGGGAAUUUAACAAGUGGGCGGCGUCAGUUUGGAUCCUGAUUUGUGUUGCAGGCUUCUUUUUAUUUUAUUUUCGUGCUUGAGAAGAUGACAAGAUAGAACAUGUAAAUUAAUUAGAAAGAAAUUUCAGGCAUGUAAUAAAAUGCAAUGUGCUUUCAAGCAUAGAGUUUUCUAAG